AUGAUUAAAUCUUAUAAAAAGUAUAAAAAUAAUCAAGUGUGUUUUAAUAAGUUAAAUUUAAAUAAGAAGGAUGAUUUAAUAGAAAUUAAAACUAAUGAAUUAAAUAUUAAAGAUGAUGAAAUAGAUAAGAUUGUUAAUAUUAUUACUGAUAAAAUUAAAAAUAAAGAUGAUAAACCCAAGAAAAUCAAACUAUCUACUAUUGCUACCAUAUUAAGUAUAAUUUUUACAUUUUGUUGUAUCAUUUCUUAUUUAUUUCCUUAUAAAUCUAAAAUUAUUAAUAGAUUUGAAUUUAGUAAAGUUAGUGAUUUUGAAACACAAUAUGGAAUAUUAAAAGAUAAAAAAGAAUUACAUAAAUACUCUGAUGAAAUUAUAAAAAUUAACAACUGGAUAUCUAAUAAUAACAGAGAGAAGCUUGUUAAGAUAAUUGAUCCAUCUUCGUUUGGGUAUAUGCUACAUGGACCACCUGGAACUGGUAAAAGUUUAUUUGUUCAGGCCUUAGCUUAUUUAAUCAAUCUUAAACUUAAAAUGAUCUAUUUAAGGAAAAAUAUGAAAUUAGAAGAAAUAGAUUCUAUUACUAUGUAUAGUGAUUUAAGUGAUAUAAUAACGAGAAAUAAAAGUAAAGUUGAAUAUCUUAUGAUCACGCCUAGUUUAAUAAAUGACAAAUACGUCGGUGAAUCUGAAAAGAAUGUUAAACAGUUAUUUAAAGAAUUGUAUGAUUUUAACGAUCCUUAUACAAUUAGAAUAGUCUUUUUUGAUGAAUGUGAGGCUUUUUUUAGUAAAAGAUCAGAUAAGAACUCAAGAAGUAACAGUGAAGUAUGUGUUCAAACUGAAUUGUUAACUAAAAUAUCUCAACACGGUGAAAACAUUAAGGGUGUGUUUUUAUUUGCAGCUACUAACAUGCCACAUCUAAUUGAUGAUGCCUUUAAAAGAAGAUUUGGAAACAAAUGUGAAUUUGAAAAGCCUAAAUUGUAUAGUGAGAUAAUUGAUUUAAUUAAAAGUGUUUUAGUUGAAUUAGGUGAAGAAAAAUCUGAUAAAUAUGCUAAAGAAGUUGUUCAUGUGUUUAAAAAUACAUCUCAGGCAUUUAUAACUAGAACAUGUAAAAGAUAUAUAUUGAGAAAUGAGUAUGGAAAGGCUAUUAAAUUUGAUUCAAAAUCUUGUUUAAAAGAUGUUAGAAAUAUUCAGAGAAAUGAAAGAAUUUAA